GUCUCUGUGUCCUGGGGACAAGGCGGCUCUGACUCACUUCCCAACUCACUUCCAGAGCGUCGCGGUGCUGCUAGUGCGCUUUGGAGCACAUGCUCUGAAUCACCCUGUCCGUGGCUGCUCAGCAUGGAAAAUGGUCUCUAGCGAGCCGGGUGGCUUGGGGUGUCCAGCGCUUCUGCAGAGUUCAGCAUGUUUCUGUUGUGCUGCAAGGUCAGAGGUGUUCUGUUAUGCACGGUACCAACCUGUCUGCUGCCAUCCUAAAUGGGAAAUGGGCCUUCACCUGUCUCUGAAGGCUGCAGAGACAGAUUACCUGCAUCAAGGGUGUAUAUAUGACCUGAUUAGGCCGUUACCACAAGAGCUUAGAAGAAAAUGCACUUUAAAGCCAGUGUAGGCUUCUGAAAGAUUUUAACACGUUUUGGACUCCAUUCUUGGGAGGAGCUCACAGAGCAAUGCGCCAGUUUUGUCACGAUGGUGACAAUAAUGUCUUCAUAUACAUGAUUUUCUGAACCUGAGUGGCGUGGGGUGAGGAAUUCUUGAAGGAACCUCCACAUUUCUCAGCUGCACACAGUACCCUACCUGUGAGAGCAGCGGCCGGUGUAAGGAGCAGUGUUCUCCUCCCCGAGUCUCUAGAGGCAGUGCCAGCUACAGCCAAGUGGAGGCUACCAAGACAGAAGUAUCUGCCAACAUCAGGGUCCCCGUUUCUCCCUGCCUCCCUUUGCGAAGCCUAACUCUCCCUUGACUGCCUAGGUGAUCCACCGCCUGCCCAUGCCCAACCUCAAAGACGAGCUGCAUGCCUCGGGCUGGAGCAAUGGCUGCACCUGCUUCGGCAAUGUCUCGACGAAAAGGAGCAAGCUGGUUCUUCCCUGUCUGAUUUCUUCCCGCAUUUACGUGGUGGAUGUGGGUUCACAGUGCCGCGCUCCCAAGCUGUGUAAGAUGAUUGAGCCAGUGGAUGUCUUCUGGAAUUGCGACAAGGGAUACCUCAGCGUGCCUCGCAGCCUGCCUGACGGUGAUAUCCUGAUUGCCAACAUGGGAGAUCCAGCUGGCAACGGGAAAGGUGGAUUUAUUGUGCUGGAUGGAGAAACCUUUGAGCUGAAGGGGAACUGGGAAAACGAGUGUGAGGCCCCCCCGACUGGAAAGGACUUCUCGUACCAGCCACGCCACAAUGUUCUGGUCAGCUCUGCCGGAGCAGUCCUAAAACGUGCGGGACGUGGAUUUAACCUCGACGACUUGAAGAAAGGGGUCUUUGGGCGCCGCCUGAACGUGUGGAACUUGUCCUGCCGCACCCUCACCCAGUGCUUUGACCUGGGGGAGGACUCUCUGCCCCUGAGUGUUAAAUUCCUCCACGACCCCGAUGCUGCCGAGGGAUACGUCAGCUGUGCCCUGAGUGGCGUCGUCUACCGCUUCUACAAGUGCGAGAGAGACAGGUGGGCAGUAGAGGAGGUGAUUCGGAUACCGGCCAAGGACGUGAUGGGAUGGAUUAUGCCCAAGAUGCCAGCCUUGACAGUCGACCUCAUCAUCUCAAUGGAUGACAGGUACCUGUAUGUCAGCAACUGGCUGCACGGAGACAUCCGCCAAUACGAGCUCUCCAAAACCUGCAAGCCCAGGCUGGUGGGACAGGUCUUUGUGGGAGGCAGUAUCCUCAGAGGUGGACCCGUGACGGUGUGCAGAGACGAAGAGCUGAAGUGCCAGCCGGAGCCCUUGGUGGUCAAGUGCAAGAGAGUGUACGGCGGCCCUAGUAAAAUGCAGCUCAGCAUGGAUGGCAGGAGGCUGUACGUCACCAACUCCUUCUACAGCACAUGGGACAAGCAGUUCUACCCAAACAUGGUCAAGGAAGGCUCUGUCAUGCUGCAGAUUGAUGUGGACACGGAGAAGGGAGGCCUGACGGUGAACAAGAACUUCCUGGUGGAUUUUGGAAAGGAACCCAAUGGGCCUUGCCUUGCCCAUGAGAUCCACUUCCCUUCUGGAGAUUCCACCUCUGAUAUCUUGGCCUAGGCGCCACGUGAAAGACUCCCUUCUCUCUCUCUCCUGUAGUGCAGCCAUUAAGAAGGAGCGUAGGGUAAUUGGGUUUGGGGGUCCCCAUUCAUUGCUGGAGUCUAGAUUUCUGCUAACGUGGGCUACGGAAGCUCUGCCUUGUUGCGAGGGUUUGGUUCAGGCAGACCAGUGAACGACGACACACGGCAUGGGACUCAUCUUGCCGGACUGUGUGUCUGAGCAGUCAGGCCAGGCACCCCUUGAUUCACAGAGCAGAGCCCAGGGCAAGUGCUCAUCUAUAGAGGUGUGCAGUGCACGCAGUGCCUUUCGGCAGAAAGGGAAGCGCCCAGUUCGUCUGAGUUGCUGUUCUUCAGCCAGCUCGUUCCUGGAUAGUCUUCCCCUGGCACGGGCGCCCUCUUGGCUCGCUUCUCACGUGCUUGGGUCGGUAUGCAUUACGGCUGAAGGAGUAUCAAGUGCUUUAUUUUGGAAAGAGGUGCCUGUUGCCUGACACUGGUUUGCUCUUGUGUUCUACAUUA